AACCUGAGAACUGACACAGGAGAAAAUUUGUGUGUGUCCAGUGAAUGUAAAGAAAACAUGUACCAGAAGUUGGAACUCAUUAGAUAUCAGAUCCUUCAAAGCAUGGAGAAUCCAUAUGAAUGCAAUGAGCCUGGAAAAGCCUUUCACCAGCAAUUAUCUCUCAUUAGGCAUCAGAGAAUCCACACUGGGGAGAAACCUUAUGAAUGUAGUGAAUGUGGAAAAGCCUUUUCAUAUAAGUCAUAUCUAAUCAAACAUCAUCAGAGAAUCCACACCGGGGAAAAACCUUAUAGAUGUAGUGAGUGUGGAAAAGGCUUUUCUUGUAAGUCGCACCUCAUUAGACAUCAGAGUAUCCACACUAGGGAAAAACCUUAUGAAUGUAAUGAGUGUGGUAAAGCUUUUACCAGCCAGUCACACUUGGUUUUUCACCAGAAAAAGCACAGUGGUGAAAAGUCUCAUGAAUGUAGUGAGUGUGGAAAAGCUUUUGUUCGUAAGUCACAGCUCAUUAGUCAUCAGCGAAUCCACACUGGGGAAAAACCUUAUGAAUGUAAUGAGUGUGGUAAAGCUUUUGUUCAUAAGUCACAACUCAAGAGACAUCAGAGAAUCCACACUGGGGAAAAACCUUAUGAAUGUAGUGAGUGUGGAAAAACGUUUUCUGAGAAGUCAAACUUUAGAUCACAUCAGAGAAUCCACACAGGUGAAAAACCUUAUGAAUGCAGUGAGUGUGGAAAAGGCUUUCAUUGUAAGACACACCUCAAUAAACAUCAGAGAAUGCACACUGGGGAAAAACCCUAUAAAUGUAGUGAGUGUGGGAAAGGUUUUCCUUAUAAGUCAACCUAUACAUCACAUCAGAGAGUCCACACAGGGGAAAAACCUUAUGAAUGUAGUGAGUGUGGAAAAAGAUUUUCUAGUAAGUCAAACAUUAAAUCACAUCAGAGAAUCCACACUGGGGAAAAGCAUUAUGAAUGUAGUGAGUGUGGAAAAGGUUUUUUUCAUAGGUCACAGCUCAUUAGACAUCAGAUAAUCCACACAGGGGAAAUACCUUAUGAAUGUAGUGAGUGUGGGAAAGCAUUUUUUUAUAAAUUAAAGUUCAUUAGGCAUCAGAGAGUCCACACAGGGGAAAAACCUUAUGAAUGUAGUGAGUGUGGAAAAAGAUUUUCUGAUAAGUCACGCCUCAUUGCACAUCAGAGAAUCCACACAGGGGAAAAACCUUAUGAAUGUAGUGAAUGUGGAAAAAGAUUUUCUGAUAAGUCAACCAUUAGAAAACAUCAGAGAAUUCACACUGGGGAAAAACCUUAUGAAUGCAGUGAGUGUGGAAAAGCGUUUACCAACCCAUCAGGUUUAGUUCAACAUCAGAGGAUCCAUACUGGGGAAAAACCUUAUAAAUGUAGUGAGUGUGGAAAAGGUUUUUUUCGUAAGUCAUACCUCAUUGCACAUCAGAGAAAGCACACAGGUGAAAAACUUUAUGAAUGCAGUGAGUGUGGAAAAGGCUUUUCUUGUAAUCCAUACCCUGUUAGACAUCAGAGAAAGCACACAGGUGAAAAACCUUACAAAUGUAGUGACUGUGGAAAAGCUUUUACUCAACAUUUUGCAUGGAAGUCAAAUCUUAUCAGACAUCAGAGGGUUUACUCAGGGGAGAAACCUUAUGAAUGUAAGGUGUAUUUUAAAGCCUUUACUUACCAGACAGGUCAUUCCACAUCAGAGAAUCCACACAGGAUAAGAACCUCAUGAAUGUAAUAAGUGGAAAACCCUGUUGCAAGCAGUCGUGUUUUAUUAAACAGGAUUUGCAUGGGAAAAGCAUGAAUGUAUUACAUGUGUGUUAAAACUGAUGCACAAACAUUUUGAGCACAGUGGAAAGCAUACAUGUUUCAAUAAUUAGCAUAUUCACAGAAAUGAGCAAGCUUACUGCAUUGACUGAAAAAUCAUUUUUCUGAUGUCAAUUGUUAGCAGAGUCAUGUACCUCAGAACUACAAAAGCAUGUGAA